CUUUUCCCUCUUACCUAUCAAUCAAAACAAUGCGCGCAACACGCUAAAAUGCCUCGGCCUGAGCACUUUAACCUACUUGGGCGAGGUUGUGUGUGGGUUUGUGGGAGUUAAAAAUAUAUAUAUAAAUUUAGUGCGCCGCCCGAAAACCAUGUUGAGGAAAGAAAAUCAUAAAAUAUGAGCUUUUUGAUGAGAGAAGGAUUUUAUUACAAGACCGAUGACUGAGACUGAGACUGAGCCAGGGCCCAGCUUUAGCACACACUUCCUCCCUCUGUAUAGGGGAAUGGAAGUGCGUUUUUAUUUAAAGUAGUUAUUAUUAUUAUUAUUAUUAUUAUUAUUAUUAUUAUUAUUAUUAUUAUUAUUCCACUGAUUGGUGGAUUUAAUUUAACUUGCAUUCAUUUUAAAACAAUAAGUCGGGAGUUUCUAGUCAUGUUUAUAUAUUUAAAAAAAAAUAUAAAUAAACACUUCAUAUUUGUAUAUUAAUAUUUUGUUGCACCUUAUGUUAUUACCGUUAUUUCUAUAUUUUACAUGUAUAUUUGCACGCACUGCAUGAGCAUAUUCAUGUGUAAUUAUCUGUCUUAGCAUUGUUAGCAAAUUGUACUAGAUAGAGCAAAGCUAGCUUGCUAGCUGGCGAACUACUUUUCUUUAACGGCUUGGUUUGUUUUUGUUAUAAUUUGUACUUUUAAGGGAAAAUAAACCGUCUGGGUAGAUACAUUAUUAUAUUCUCUCUCUCUGUGUGUGUGUGAAGCUGUAAAAGUUAAUAUUUGGGUUUUGUGUGUAGUAUUAGUGAGCUAGCGGAGCUGUGGGCCCGGCUUGUUUAUAGUGCGGUGUAAUGGCUGCGUUUUGAUUUAUUACUUCAUUUGUAUUUUGCUACACGGAACAAAUUUAAAGGCGUUUGUGUUAAAAAGUUGAACUUUAAUGCUCUUGAAUUUUACGCCAAAAAAAAAAAAAAAGCCAAAUUAAAGUUUGGACCUGAUUUGUUUUUGCGGUAAAAAGCUAGCGCUGCUAAUUUCCCCGUUCUCCUUCCGUCAGCGCCUCGUUCGGUGUGUUUUGGUGUUUUAAACGAUAAACUUAUUAAACGAUAAACUUUUAAAGUAAUGCAUGCAGAUUUGCUCGAAACGGUUUUAAACUGUAUACAGACCAUACAAGCAAUCCCCAGUGUAUUUACCGUGAAAAACAUGACUGCAGGCGAUGAGUGUAAAACUACUUCUCAUGAGAGAACUCGUACAUGAAACACACCACACAAAGUUGUGGAAGAAUUAAGAGCAUGGCUGUGUUUGUGUGGUUGCAAACUUGAUGUAAAACUUUAUACUGCCUUCUGUUAUAAAGAUUUUAGCAUUUUACCUUCUCGAGUAGUUAAACGGGUGUUUCUUUCUAGGCAAUGAUCAUGAAAUCGGCCAAAAUCUAUUCAAGUUCACAAUUCCUGAUGCUGGAUUACUCCUGAUCAGACAUUUCAGUGUUUUCCCUGCUCUAAUACAGUUCCGUGACUCAGAAAGGUCUGUACUGACUCCAGAAGGGUCUGUUCUGACUCAGAAAGUUUCUGUGCUGACUCCAGAAGGGUGUGUACUGACUCCAAGUUUCUGUACUGACUCCAGAAGGGUGUGUACUGACUCCACAAGUUUCUGUACUGACUCCAGAAGGGUGUGUACUGACUCCAGAAGUUUCUGUACUGACUCCAGAAGGGUGUGUACUGACUCCAGAAGUUUCUGUACUGACUCCAGAAGGGUGUGUACUGACUCCAAGUUUCUGUACUGACUCCAGAAGGGUGUGUACUGACUCCACAAGUUUCUGUACUGACUCCAGAAGGGUGUGUACUGACUCCAAGUUUCUGUACUGACUCCAGAAGGGUGUGUACUGACUCCAGAAGUUUCUGUAUUGACUCCAGAAGGGUGUGUACUGACUCCAGAAGUCUCUGUACUGACUCCAGAAGUGUCUGUACUGACUCCAGAAGGGUGUGUACUGACUCCAGAAGGGUGUGUACUGACUCCAGAAGGGUGUGUACUGACUCCAGAAGUUUCUGUACUGACUCCAGAAGGGUGUGUACUGACUCCAGAAGUGUCUGUACUGACUCCAGAAGUGUCUGUACUGACUCCAGAAGUGUCUGUACUGACUCCAGAAGUGUCUGUACUGACUCAAGAAGUCUCUGUACUGACUCCAGAAGGGUGUGUACUGACUCAAGAAGUGUCUGUAAUCAAAACUUUUUGUAGCCAGGGAUUUCUUUGUCUGUUCAAUGAAUUCUACUGAGGUCAGUGGUUAAGACCUUAUACUUCUGAUUGGAAGGUCGAGAGUUGAAAUCCCAGCACUGCAAACCUGCCAUUGCUGGGCCCUUGAGCAAGGCCCUCAACACUCAACGGCUUAGAUAAAUGAGAUAAAUGUAACGUGCCCUGGUUAAGGGCAAUGUUGGGGAGUAGUUAACUAAAAGUAGGGAUGCUACUAACUUAAUUCCAGUUACAUGUGGCCUUAUUUGUUGACGUUCACGUGCCUUAAGGAAUCAAAUAAUAAAUCUUACACCUUUUUAUAUGUAAUCUUUGCAAACUAAAGAUUAUAAUACAACAUCCAAGAGUUCAAGCUCAAAUUUAAGGACUCAUAUAGAGGUGAACCUGUUUAUGUUAAAUUGAUAAGUAGCCUAAUGUGCACAUUUAUAAAUUCAUAAUAGUUCUGAAUUUAUAUUACAAUUGUGUUUAAUUAAUUAUUUAUGCAAAAUUAUACACAGAGAUUCAUAAUAUGAUUCACAAUCAUGACAUACUAAAAUGUUGCCCAUUUAAGUAGCUUCAAUGUAGUUAGCUACUUUUUGUUAGGAACGUGUAGUGUCGCUAACGACUUUUUUAAAAGUCUAGCUUGACUGUAGUUUAACUACUUCAAACUAUGUGUAGCUUGAAAAGCUACAGUUUCAAAGUAGCUUCCUCAACACUGAGUAAGUGCAUCUGCCAAGUGCUAUAAAUGUAAAUGUAGUGCUGCCCAGGUUGCCCAGCUCCAGGGUUACUGUCUCUAUGGAGUUUUGCAUGUUCUUCCCAUGUUAGUAUGGUUUUCCUUCAGGGUCCCUGGUGUCCUCCCACUGUCCAAAAACAAGCCAGUAGGUGGAUUGUCAACUGUAAAUUGCCCCUGUGUGUGUGUGUGUGUGUGUGUGUGUGUGUGUGUGUGUGUGGGACUGGCAUCCCAUCCAGGGUGUCCUGCCACCUCAUGCCUGGUAAUCCUGGAUCGGGCCUCGGAUCCGGCACGACCCAGAUCAGGAUGGAGUGGUUGCUUAAACUGCCCGUAUAAUGCAUCAGUGUUGGCAGUGGCUUCAGUGAACAUGAUGGCAGGCCAGCCUGUGUCAGUGCACAAGUACGAGGAGGGAGUUCAAGAGGAGGUCCAGCAGACGGACGGUGAUCCAGAGAAGAGUUUUUCAGACACAGGAAUGGGGAGAAUCUGCAACAAUGCUCUUGCCGAAUCCACUCGCAUGGAAACAGAUAAAGCGUCCAUAUACAGGCAUCCGCUCUUUCCUCUCCUAGCCCUUCUGUUUGAGAAGUGCGAGCAGUCUACUCAGAGCUCAGAGUGCAUCACGUCAGAGAGCUUUGAUAUCGAUAUCCAGAAUUUUGUACUCAGCCAAGAGAAAGAGACCAAGGCUUUCUUCAGCGAAGACUCCGAGCUAGAUAGCCUGAUGGUGAAGGCCAUUCAGGUUCUCCGGAUUCACCUGUUGGAGUUGGAGAAGGUCAACGACCUGUGUAAAGACUUCUGUAGCCGCUACAUCUCCUGCCUCAUGAGCAAGAUGAACAGCGAGACACUGCUGAGUGGAGAAACAGACGAUCCCUACUCUCACCUGCACACCCAGGGUAUCCAUGGCACUGUGGUUCCCGCUUCACCUAUGCAACAAGGCAACAUAUCAGCAGUCAGUCAGUCACAAAUGGUUUCAGGUGGUGCAAUGUAUCAGCCAGUCACAGUAGUCACACCCCAAGGCCAUGUCAUGGCUCAGACCAUCUCACCGAGCAAGAUCCACAUUCAGAACUCCCAGCAUUUACAGCUGCAGAUGAAUCAGGAUUUCGGUUUCUUCACCAGCGAAGAUAGUUCGUCUAAAAAUAAGCGCGGCGUUCUCCCCAAACAGGCCACCAACGUCAUGCGCUCAUGGCUCUUCCAGCACAUCGCGCACCCGUAUCCUACUGAAGAUGAGAAGAAACAGAUUGCUCAUCAAACCAAUCUCACUUUGCUACAGGUCAACAACUGGUUCAUUAAUGCACGGAGGCGGAUCCUGCAGCCAAUGCUAGACGCCAGCGCCACAGAGAUGCCCAAAACCAAGAAAAAGACCCCACAGGCCCGCCCUCUACAGCGCUUCUGGCCCGAUUCAAUCGCUUCCUCUGUGUCCCAGCAACAAUUCACCAUGGAAGAAGUUAAUAUAGUUACGGUUGGGAUGAGCAUGGAUGGCUACCAAACUCUCUCCUCAGACGGAGCUACACUCGCCAUGCAGCAAGUCAUGAUGGGUAAUCACAGCGAGGAUGAAACAGACAACAGCGAGGAUGAGGGCGACACACACUUGUCCUCAGCUAGCAUGACUGAUCUGGGCCUCAAUGCCAGUAACUGACUGUCUCACACUAAUACACACACACACACACACACACACACACAAAAGACUUGACAUGACGCUAACUUUGGCAACUUUGGAUACUCGUGCACUACAAGAGGAUCUCCCCUUAAUGUACACACGGUUGUCAUAGAGCAUUAUAUCACAUACAGGUGUGCUAAUUUAUGAGAUGUUUUUAUUGCGUAGAUGUCUAGGUGAGUGCACUUUUUUUUUUUUUUUUUUUGAUAAACUCCAAAACAGCAGACAAAAAUAAGAAACCGGAAAAUGUUUGAAUGUCCCCCGAGUUUUUGAAACUCUUGUUAUUUAGAAUUUGUUACACACUUUGCAUUUCUAUGAUAACACAUCUGGAUGCCAAAAAGGUUGCGAGUUUGUGCUUAUGACGGUGUGAUUGUGUUUUGUUCCGAUUUUCCCACUGCAUGCUGGUGUUUCUCUGCUGUCCUCAUUCUCUCUCACAACCAUGUCACGAGAGUAAAAAUGAGAGAUGCUUAUUUUUAUAUAUUAAGAACAAAAUGUUUAUUUCUUUUUUUUUUUUUUUUUUCUUCUUGUUUUGUUUUACAUUUUAUAAGGAAUAUUUAUGUACAAAAAAAAACAAAACAAAACAAAACAAAAAAAAACAACCCAUGCUAGUUAGCCGCCCAGUUUUCAGGGCUUUGUAACAUUUUAUAAGAAAACAAAACAAAACAAAACAAAAAUUUACAGAAUUUAAAAGUUUUGCAUACGUACGUUAGCUACAAAACUAUGCCUUACAUUGUUCUUUUUGUAAAAAAAAAUUAACCGAAGCACAUACGUUGUUGAGUGACUGAUGAGUGGCUCCAUCUGUUUCAGCUGGGUUAGCUGUAAACAUGGGAAUUUACGUUCUACUCAGUAAAAGUAGUUAGUAUCAAGCCUCAAGAUAUAUUUAGAUGUGCGGUUUUCAAUUUCACUGCACUUUAAAAAAAAAAAAAAAAAAAGAAAGAAAAAGAAAAAAGUUCCCUGUAUAAACUAAUUGGCUAAUUAAUAAAUCUUCAACAUGAUGAGUGAUCAAGAAAUAUACAGGACCCACAGUCCACUGCACCGACGCAGAGAGCCGCUGAUCUAGAUCUCAUGGGUUUACAGAUGAAAUUCUGAAACUGUCUCAAAAUGUUACUUCUAAGCAUUAAAAACAUUAGUGUGUUCAA